AUGACUACUUCAAGAAAUCCUCUUGAAGAUCCAACUGAUCCCUACUAUCUUCACCAUGGCGACAAUCCAGGGAACAUCCUGGUUUCUCAGCUUCUCACCGAUCAGGACAAUUACGUUUCUUGGAGUCGAGCUAUGCAACUCGCAAUAUUGGUGAAGAACAAACUUGGUUUCUUAGAUGGUUCUAUCCCUAAACCCUUUCCUACUGAUCACAAUAUGUAUAAUGCUUGGAUUAGGAAAAAUAAUAUUAUGAUUUCUUUAAUUUUAAACUCUGUGUCUAAAGAAAUCUCCUCUAGCAUUCUUUAUGAUGAAACAGCUGCAGCAAUAUGGACUGAUCUCAAGGUUCGUUUUCAUCAGAGGAACGGUCCACACAUUUAUAAUCUCAGAAAGGGAUUGAUGAAUCAAACGGUGAGCAUGUAUUUUACCAGGCUCAAAACUAUUUGGGAAGAAUUGUCCAACUAUAGACCCAAUUGCACCUGCAAUGGGUGUACUUGUGGUGGUGUCAAGAAACUUCAAGAACACCAUCACAUGGAGCACAUAAUGUCCAUUCUUAUGGGACUCUCGGAUCAUUUUUCUCAAGUUUGUGGCAGCAUUCUUCUAAUGGAUCACUUGCCUAAAGCGAAUAGGUUAUUCCACCUGGUCACUCAAGAAGAAAACCAAAAACGAAAUACCUCUACUGGAGCCGAUCCCAAUCCGAAUAUGGCAUUCGUUUUUCAGGGAGACAAAGCUUCAAACAAACAUCAAGAUUCCCAAGGUCCUAGAACCAAUCCUCCCAAAGGGAACAGACCUUUUUGUACACAUUGUAACAUACAUGGCCAUACAGUGGGACGAUGUUACAAAAUCCAUGGCUAUCCACCUGGUUUCAAGACAAAUAAACCCAAAGAAGCUGCUGCAAAUCAACUCCACACAAGCAACGAUACAAGCACAAACUCUGAUGAGUCUCACACUCUCCUUCCUCAACUUACUACGGUCCAAUAUCAACAACUCUUGAAUUUGUUGGCUAAUCAACAACCUGGUAUGACUAUCUCGGAUCAUAGCACCUCUAGAGGCACCACAGAAACUAGGCUUAUUCUCCCUAAUAAUGACACUUUGCUUGUUCACCAAAGUGGGUCUAUAGCUGUCUCGGAUCAAUUAUUACUCACUGAUGACAAACUCAGCAAGAAGGUGAUUGGCAAAGGUAAGACCAACAAUGGUCUGUACAUGCUAGACCUCUCACCACCUGCUCGUGUUUUUGCUAUUUCUGCAGACUUAUGA